AUGUCGGCGAUUGAUGUCGAAUACGUGCUGUCAGAACUCUCUUUGAAUGAGAAGGUCUCAUUGCUCUCAGGAAUCGAUGGCUGGCACACAGCAGCAAUCCCGCGACUUGGGAUCCCCUCAAUUCGCAUGUCAGAUGGGCCAAACGGUGUUCGCGGCACCCGCUUUUUUAACGGAGUUCCUGCAGCAUGUUUGCCCUGUGCCACGGCAUUAGGUGCUUCAUUUGACGCGGAGCUCAUAUUUUCGCUUGGAAAGCUCCUUGGUCUGGAAUGCAAGGCAAAGGGCGCUCAUGUCCUCCUAGGUCCAACGAUCAAUAUUCAACGAAGUCCCCUUGGAGGUCGCGGGUUUGAGUCGUUCUCCGAAGAUCCUGUCCUUUCGGGCUCCUUGGCUGCGAGUUAUUGCUUGGGCGUGCAGAGUGAGAACGUGAUCCCGACGCCGAAGCACCUUGUAUGCAACGACCAAGAGCAUGAGCGUGUUGCUGUGAGCUCGCUUGUCACUGAGCGUGCUCUACGGGAGAUAUAUUUGCUUCCCUUUCAGCUAGCCAUCACGAGCGCCAACCCCGGAGCACUCAUGACCUCGUACAAUAAGGUCAACGGAUGUCACGCCAGCGAAAGCCCGGACCUGCUCCAGAAUGUUGUUCGAAAGGAAUGGGAUUAUAAAGGUCUCAUAAUGAGUGACUGGUUCGGCACCUAUAGUGUCUCCGAGGCCGUCAAUGCCGGUCUGGACCUUGAAAUGCCUGGCCCAUCUCGAUUUCGUGGGCCGGGCUUGGUUCAUGCCAUAACAUCGAACAAGGUCUCCGAGAGGACUAUCAAUGACCGGGUUCGCACUGUUUUGGAAUUAAUAAAGCAAGCAGCUACCUCGGGAAUCCCCGAGAAUGCGCCCGAAGUCCAACGGAACCUUCCCGAGGACAAAGCAUUACUCCGCAGAGCAGCCGCCGAGUCUAUUGUUCUUCUCAAAAAUAGUGAUCAGAUUCUUCCUCUUGAUCCGAUUAAAAGGACCCUUGUGAUCGGACCUAAUGCCAACAUCGCAGCGUACUGCGGCGGUGGCUCUGCGGCCCUGUCACCUUAUUAUGCCAUUACACCCCUGGAAGGAAUCAGUAACAGCUGUACCGGGGGUGUAACCUUCUCACAGGGAGUGUAUAGCCACAAAGAGCUACCACUUCUAGGAGACCAGCUGAAAACUGAAGAUGGUCAGACCGGAUAUAUAUUCAGUGUGUUUACCGAACCCUCUUCCAACAAGGACAGAAAGGCUGUAGACAUCCUACACAUGAAAAGUAGCUCCGCCUUUUUGAUGGACUACAAGCAUCCAGAAGUCCACUCAGACCUCUACUAUAUCACCAUGGAAGGGAUCUUCGAGCCCACAGAAAGUGGGAUAUAUGACUUUGGCCUUACGGUAGCUGGUACCGGAGAGCUCUUCAUUGAUGGAGAAAAGGUAGUCGAUAACAAGGCCAAUCAGCGACAGGGAACAUCCUUUUUUGGAAUCGGGACCCCAGAAGAGUGUGGCUCCAAGUACCUCGAAGCAAAUCAACGGUACAAGAUUGUUGUCGACUACGGUACUGCUCCGACUUCGAACCUGAAACUACACGGGGUCGUGUCAUUUGGACCGGGAGGUCUGCGAGUGGGAGGAUGCAAACGGAUUGACACAGAACGAGCCAUUCAAGAGGCUGUCGAUCUGGCAGCUACAGCUGAUCAGGUAAUUAUUUGCGUCGGGCUCAGUGGUGAAUGGGAAAGUGAAGGAUUUGACCGUUCACACAUGGAUCUCCCGCCCAUGUCGGAUCAGCUAGUUGAAAGAGUCCUCGCUAUCCAUCCAAAUGCCGUGGUUGUUGUGCAAAGUGGAACGCCUGUAACCAUGCCGUGGGCUCGGGACGUGAAGGCACUUCUUCAUGCGUGGUAUGGUGGGAAUGAAACAGGGAAUGGCAUUGCGGAUGUCAUCUUUGGGAAUGUGAAUCCGUCUGGCAAACUUCCUCUCAGCUUCCCAGAAUCUAUCGAGCAGAACCCGGCAUACUUGUCUUAUCGAUCAGAAGGAGGCAGGGUUUUGUAUAGCGAGGACGUUUACGUCGGUUACCGUUACUACGAAAAGAUCAAAGUGAAGCCUCUCUUCGCAUUUGGUCAUGGUCUCUCGUACACAGCAUUCCGCCUCUCAACGCUUGCUGUUUCCCAGCCGUUGAAGGCUUUGAACAGAGUCAAGGAGGAAGUGCUGGCAGUUUCAGUCUCAGUGGAGAAUGUUGGAUCUUGCAGUGGGGCGGAGACUGUUCAGGUAUACAUCUCACCACCUUCCAACGCUAGCAUUGGCCGCCCUGUGAGAGAGCUCAAGGGGUUUAAAAAGGUCAAACUCCAACAGGGCGACAAACAAGAAGUCGUGAUUAUCAUCCCGGUUGCCCUGGCGACCAGUUUCUGGGAUGAAAGGCUGUCUGCCUGGCUUAGUGAAGCGGGAGAAUAUACAGUCACCGUUGCUGGUACUGGUGAGCAGAAUGUUCUCUCGACAGGAUUCACGAUUUCCCAUACCAGGGAAUGGAACGGCUUGUUUGAGCCUAUCAUGCCUGCACCAUGA